AUGGAGGACGGUAGAGAAGUCGAGAAGGGGAAUGAAAAGGGGAGUGAAAGGGAGAAGAAGAAUGAAAAGCUCAGAGAAAAAUUUAGCGACAUCGAUUUGAAGGUGGAAGCAUAUGCAGAGGGAGACUACAGACUGCUCAGAUAUCUACCGGAUGGAUCCUGCGUUUUUGAAGAAAUACCAGAUGAAGAAAAUAAAAAUAUGAAAAACCUACAACAGUAUGCACAGUUGUUCUGUUCUGCUAUGGAAAAAACGAUCCAAAUAAAAAGUAAUGACGAAAAUUUGCGAAAUGAUAAAGAAUGGACACAAGGAGAAGAGUACAGAGUAAUGGUCGAGGAUGAUUUAAAAGAAUUGAUGGUUUUAUUUGACCUAAUGUUAGGUACACUAAAUUACGAUAAGGGCACAAAGUACUUAACCCUAAAUAAGUGUAACUAUGUGAGGGAUAUAAAAGCUAACAAACAGGAUAUAUGCAUCGCUGUUACGAGCAGGAAAGAACUCCUACAGAGUUUGCGAAAAUUUUGUGAAGAAACAAGAAAGCAGAUUAACUCCAUAAAUGGAAUUGUUGCACAGAAAUAUUUUUUACAUUUUAUCAGCCAACUUAUUCAAUACUGGAAAGUAUUAAAUAAAAAAUAUUUUGAAAUAGAUUAUUUACAACUUGAUAAUAAUUUUCCCUACGUUACGGAGGUCUCUUAUGCACAUGUCACUUUUUCGUUGGGUGGGUUGGAAAAGGACAUAAAGGAGGGAAUACAUAACCAGACUAGAGGUUGUACCAUGGACGACUCUCUAUUUAGGCAUAAACCCACCAAAAGACAGGGUACCACACAAGAAAUGGUUCCUCCUCUUAGUAAAGAAUCCCAAAUUAAUGACCAAACAGAGGGUCUACAAAAUAGAGACAGUAGUAGCUGCAAAUCGAAUGGAGGUAUACUGAAUGAAGAUCACACACGCAUUAACGAUGAACAUAAAACAACUGAACAGAGUUACACUUUUUACUACCCAAAUGUGAAGGAAGAAGAAAUAAAAAUAUUUAAUAUGCUAGACAGCAUGAGCGUCAUUUCCAUCGAGUUCGAAGGAAUAGCUGCGCACUUGAUUGAAAAUAAUUACGCCAUCCAGUUUGACUUAUUUCCAUUAAACGUACAGUUAAAGAAUGAAUUAAAAACGCACACAAAGAAAAAUCCUUCAUGGGGAGGAAACAAUUUUCCAGAAAGAAUAAUUCCAGAAAAUAUAUUUUUUGAGCAAGCCAAAAAGAUGCACGCGAAAUUGACAACUGCACAGUGGGUACUGAUAGAUAAAUCGAUUUUCUACAUCCUAGCCGAACAAGCAAAUAAUUUGAAAGACAGAAAUAAUAACCUGGCACUGAACCUUCCCAGCUUGACAGGGGAGAGAAAGAAAAUUAAAAUUCACUGCACAGACAUAAACCACAAGUGCCUGGAGUUCCUCAUAAGCGACGUUCUGAUUCCCACCAUUGGGCAGAAAUCCAUUCCGGUGGAUUUUUGCUUCGCCGUGAUGUACGAGCCUACUGAGGGGGUUCACAGCAAGUUGGCGGAAAGAAGUGCCAACGGGGGUGUCAACGGGGGUGUCAACGGGGGUGUCAACGGGGGUGUCAACGGGGGUGUCAACGGGGGUGUCAACGGGGGUGUCAACGGGGGUGUCAACGGGGAUGCCAACGGGGAUGCCAACGGGGACACUGGUGACGACGCUGGUGACGACGCUCAUGGGGAUGAUUUCCCUGGCCGCGCCCAAGUUAAUGGUGGCGGACGGAACGGCGAAGUCGCGCUGGACUACGAACUCGUGCAGUUGUUACUCCACCUGGCUCUCGCGAAGGUAAGGGAUCUGUUUAUUUGCUCAUGGAAAUAUUUCUCCUUCGAAAUGCCCUACUAUUCUGCAGACAUUCAUCCGCUCAUUUACCAAAACGUUUUCCCCGACCCGCGCUCCGGUACCUUAAUCACCAGCUUUUUUUCAUGGUUCAUUGCAUCCAUGGAGAAGUAUUUGCGCGCGAGUGGGGGCACAGCGGUUGGAUGA